CAGAGCGCAGGCGCCGGGGAGGAGGGGGCGGGAGCCGAGGCGCGCGGCUCGGGAGACGCUCCUCCGCCCCGCGCGCCGUCCCUGCGCCCGCUCCGCCCGCGCCUCGCUGUCCGCGCCGCGCCUCGGGCGUCCAGAGCGCGCCCCGCGCCCCGCAGCUAGCGCCGCCCGCGGCAGCCCAGCCCAGCCCCAGCCCCAGCCCGCCUCCUCCUCGCCGCCGCCGCCGGACACGCAGCCGCAGGCCGGGCCGGGCCGCAGCUGGGAAGUCAGGGACGCGCGCAGCCAGCCCUUCCCCCUCCGGCUACCGCACCGCCGGCCGCCUCCCCGCGCCUCCGCUCCCCGCCCUGCGCCUUCUCUUUCCUCCUCCUCUCCCGGCCCCGCUGCCAGCACCAUGUCCGCAGGGGGAGAUUUUGGGAACCCACUGAGGAAAUUCAAGUUGGUGUUCCUGGGGGAGCAGAGCGUCGGGAAGACGUCUCUGAUCACACGGUUCAUGUACGACAGCUUCGACAACACAUACCAGGCAACUAUUGGGAUUGACUUCUUGUCAAAAACCAUGUACUUGGAGGAUCGUACGGUGCGACUACAGCUCUGGGACACAGCCGGCCAGGAGCGGUUCCGCAGCCUGAUCCCCAGCUACAUCCGUGACUCCACUGUGGCUGUGGUGGUGUACGACAUCACAAAUCUCAACUCCUUCCAACAGACCUCUAAGUGGAUCGAUGAUGUCAGGACAGAGAGGGGCAGUGACGUUAUCAUCAUGCUGGUGGGCAACAAGACGGACCUCGCUGAUAAGAGGCAGAUAACCAUUGAGGAGGGAGAGCAGCGCGCCAAAGAGCUGAGCGUCAUGUUCAUCGAGACCAGUGCAAAGACCGGCUACAACGUGAAGCAGCUCUUCCGACGUGUGGCCUCUGCUCUGCCUGGAAUGGAGAAUGUCCAGGAGAAAAGCAAAGAAGGGAUGAUCGACAUCAAGCUGGACAAACCCCAGGAGCCCCCGGCCAGCGAGGGCGGCUGCUCCUGCUAAUGCAGCCUCACCUCUGGCUUCCUCUGACACCACUCGCUUGUUGUGUUGCUUCCUAUUGGUUAGCUUCCUAAAGGGGGGUGGGAAAUAAGCUCAUCAGAUGGGAGGAUUUUUCUUUUCUCUCUGUCUCUAGGAGUAGGGUGGGGGGGGGGAGGCUGGGCAUCAGGGAUCACGUCACUCUUAACAGCUGUUACUUAAACAACUAUUUUUUGGUUUGGUUGUAAUAUAUUGUACUUUAUUAAGAUUGCCAAAAACUGUUAAAAUUUAAAAAAAAUUUAAAUCAUGUGUAUACUACUUUUUGCCAGAUAAAAAUGUAGUCAUUUUUAUUUGAAAAAUGUGCUUUUUUUUUGUUUUUGUAUAUUUGUAAACUUAUAGAGAACCUUUCCACACACCUCCUCCUUCCUGUCUGUCCUCUUGGAUCGGCUCACACCUCUGCCCUCCUCCCAUCCCCCUGCCCAGGAAGUAAAAAUAGUUACCUGGGCAACUUAAUUAGGCUCCAGUUCUGGGUCUGUACAGGCCCUACCUAGUUAAAUCAAACACUGAUUGAACAAAACAGCCUCUGAAGAGGUCGCUCUGACUGGCCUUCCGUGGCCAGAAUGGGACAUUAGCCUGGCUCCAAGUUGAAAUUAAGGCCCUGUGGAAUGCAGGAAGCCCUGCAGAGGCCCCGGGGAGUGACGUCCUCUCCCUUCUCCUCCCUGGAAAGCCUUGAAGGGAGUGGAGGACACUUGUGUUCCCUGUGGCCUGCCUGAUUGUCAGAGCAAGAGGGCACUGGAAGAAUGGGGUGCUGCUGGCGACUAUGGGCUGUAUGGAUGUGCGGGUUGUCGACUUGGGGCACCAUGUGGAGUUCUGAGGAUGUUUUCCCCAACCUGCCCAGCAGUCAGCACACGUAUCUGGGCUGAAUUUAAAGAAAGGGCAAAGAGAAACUCAGUUUGUUCUCCUUGGAGCUCUCCUUCAUCUGUGACUGGCCAGGGGAGGGUUUUCUGGAGAACCUCCACCCUUAAGAUGCAUGUUCUCAGAUCCUCAGUUGCUAACACUGCUGAGCGCUGCUCUGGAAAAGCCAGCUCUUGCCGUGUUGUUGCCCACUGGUGCAGGAAAUUGUAGUCCUCGAGCACGUACCUUUGUGGGUGCUGGAGCGGCUCUGUGGCCACCUGAAGGGAGGGCUGAGGUGGGGGGCGCCAGAAGGCUGCCCAGAGAAAGCUGUCCUUGCCAUUUUUGAAUCAUUUCUGAGAAGGGCUCAGUCCCGAGGACCUGUAAAGUCUGAAGAGAAUUCUCUUUUCUCACUAAGUGAUGCCACCCACUGGGCUAACAUUCCAAAUACACCGAACCCCCAGCCCGGUCUGCGCAAAGUAGGCCUGGGCAGCCAUGCUGGCCCAAAACAGUCAGCCCCACUGUUCAAGGUGACUCGGGUUUCCCCACAGGCUGCUGCUGGGCAUGUUAUAGGUGGACUAAAUGACCACCUGGGGGGCUAGGGGGUGCCUCCACAAAGCAGGGCUCCAACAAGUCGUUGCAAUGAAUUUUGGGCUUCUCAGAAACUAAUUCAAAACGGUAGUCAGUGAGUGCAGCAAAACCUGUCAGGACUCACUGCUGUUUGUCCACUGGACCUGUCACAUGCUUUCAGCUAAGGAGACAGCGUGACAGUAUAUCAGAGGAAUUUAUCUUCAGGUGAAGAAAAGAGGAAGCAGGAUUCCUAGCGGGCUUUUCCAGAAGGCAAAGACCAAUGUAGGGACGUAACUCCAGUGUCAUGUGUUUAGUUUUUAUAUGUGUGUACAUACUUAUAUAUAGAGAUAGACUUGUGUAUACACUUUCCACAAACACAUUCACACAAAGAUAAAUGUGCUCGAUGUAUAUUCUUGCUUUUCCUGCUCUCAAGUUGGAACUUGCAUUGUGAUAACAGUUUUGGGAAAUUCAAAAGUACUGCAACGUGUUGAAAUAAGAAUUACUUAAUAUUGUCAAAUUUGUGAUUGUCUUGCCAUCAAUAAAAUAAUGCAUAGAUGUGUUCAACUGCAGGCAAAAAUAGCCCACGGGAACGUGUGCACCAUUUCCUUUGUGCUUAUAUGCACGGGCGUAUAUGCCCACGUGGGCCAGUGUCCUCCCACGCGGCACACCCCCUAGUGGUGCUGGCUGAAAGAGUGCUGACUUUGCAAGAAUUUACAGGAGUCCAUGUUGUAGCAUCUGGCCUGGCUGGCAGUGAGGGCCAUUGCUCGUGGCCUCUGGGAUGGUCCCAUUUGCAGGGGUCUGCAGUGAACGAAUGUAUGUUGGAUUUUUAUUUUCUUGGUAAAAAGAGUAAUUUUUAUUAUUAUGGUCCUGUAAAAAAAAAAAAAGUAGAAACUCAGUUUACUUUUCAUGUGCACACAUAUCUAAGGCGCCAUGAAUUUUUUUUCCCUCACUGCCUAGAGGAGCAGUAAGAGACAGAAUCACUCGGCUUGACAUAGCGUCAGUGAGCCCUGCCUCUGCCUGCACGUACACAAUAUCCUCUCUCUGAGUCCAGCCUCUCCCCAACUUGUGGGCCUCUAAAGGUGAGGGCAGUCACCUCCUCUUGUGCUCCCAUCUUAGUGUGCCAUGCCUCACCCUGCCUCUCCUCAAACCUGAACAGCCCCCCUCCCUCCUGGGGUCUCUCAGGGCAGCCAGACUCUUGCACAGAAGUGCAUUGGUCCCUUGGCUGUCGUAAGCAGGUGCCAUCACUGUCCUCUUGCUCACAGGUAGAUUUAGGGUUCUGUGAUGAAAUGAUCUCAUUCCCUCGGCAACCUCAGUGAGAGUAUCACACCCCAAGCCGGGUGGGCCGGCACAAGGCGAAUGGAGGAAUCCUGUUAGGAAAUGAUCUCAUCGCAGUCAGUCAUUCAUCCCCUCUCCCCACUGGCCGAGACCUGGGAGGUGAGUGGGGUCAUCAUCCUUUGGCUUUCUUUAGGGGGGAAGAUCUGAAAGAAAAGUUGCAGUAAAACUUCUCUUUUGCAGGCGUCAGAAAACUUCAGUCUAAGAUGGAAAACACUGUUUGUGGGAUGCCCACAUGUCAGAAUGAAGGUGUGACACCAGCAUGUAGGGUGCUAGAACUGAGGGUGUGUAGUGCGAGGUUAGCACGCUUGCUGCUUUGAAGCAAGUUUCCUUUGGUUGGAAACCGCCUUGUUGUCAUUCCCACCGCUCUCUCCCGGUGCGCAUCCUUGAUCAUUCUGCAAUAUUCCCAGGUCUGAGGCGCAAUGGCCAGGUCAGUUCAGUGUCUCAGGCAACAACGGAGGUUGGAAGUGGUGGUAACUAAGGGUGCAAACAUUUCCGUCCUCCUGGUGGUCAGCCAGUGCUGGGAGCUGCUGCCCUCAAGGACCAGGUGGGAUAAUGGCACCGCUGGCUUCGGUGUCCUGCAGACAGAGCAGCGUCAUUCCCUCACCAGGCGGAAGGCAGGUGAGGACGUCAGUUGAGAACAGGGAGCCGAGGAAUGUGAGGCGUGUCUGAGCCACGUGAGAGGCAGCUAAACAGAUGUAUGUGCACGCCAACCAAGCAGGGUUGCAUGCCCACUAGUUUCCAAACUACCUCUGCCCUUUGAAAGUGAGGCGUUGUCCGCGGGCUGCACGGUGAGGUAGAGGCCUCAUAACCCUUCCUGUCCACAAGCCGCAAAACCAAGGCAGAGAAGGAGGACUUGCCUAUGGUCACCCAGCAAGUUGGAAGCGGUCUUUGUUCUUUGUGGCUUGUCUGCGUGUGCAAUGUGACUGUGCACUUGAACACAAAAGGCUGCUAUGCACGGGGACCCCUCUAAUAGCUUUACCCUGGUUAGAAUGUAAGUUCUCACCAGUGUUUCUGAAUGAGCCGAGGAGAAUCCAUGUAAUUUCAGGUUCCUGUACUGCACAGAUGAGCCUGUCCCCACUUCACUCUGAUUGCCUUGGGCCCCACACAGACCUGGGCACCCUUAAUUUGUGGGAACCAGCUUUGUAGGUACUCUGAAACCUUGGGUUCUUGAUGUGUAAACUCCUUGGGCUUCAGACCCUGUAUGGCUGACACUACUGGCCGGGCACGGCUUAGAAGAAAACAUUGCAGUGGGAUUUGGAUGGUCACUUUCAAUGGGAAGCCUCCAUACAUUGAAGGCCAGUCUGUACGUGCUGUGUGUUAAUUCUCCCUCAAUUCCCUCACCCAUUCCCAAAAAGUGACGGAGGAACACAGAGAGUGGCAUUUCCAUCUCUUACUGGCUCAACAGGCAUAAAUGGCCAUAUUGACUUUACAUAAAACUGUGUAAAAUGUGGAAGACUCAGCAUGUUGAUCAAACAAUAAAUUGUCCUAAUUCUCAACACAAGCCUCUUGUCUAGUGUCUCUGAGUUGCGAUCAUAUACGGGGGUGCAAAACCAGACUUCUUCAGUGCAUGCUCCAUGAAGAGCCUUUCAGUUUGGAGGGCGUGGCCACCAUGCAAAGCCCUUGGCUGCUUCCUCCUUCUCACCUGGGCUCUCCUAUUCAGGAGAGGUCGGACACACUGAAGACAUUAGAUCCGCAGUCACCUCCCCAACCUCCAUUCUGUCAAAAAGCUGAUGGAAAGGGAAACUAAGCAGAACUGAGAGUCAGGUGUGUGACAUCUUCAUCAUCUCUAGUCUCCACUUGACAUGGCCUGUGGUGAUGAAGGCUGAGAUGCAGGGACCGAUCUCUCCUUUCUGGUGAAUUCUACAAAGCCAUUUUAAGGCAGGAAUUUAAGGUGAACCCCAAUCACCUCCCUGGUGACACCACACUGCCAUUAGCACUCCCAGCUUUAUCCCACGCCAAUCGCAGGGCUCCCAGAGAGGAUGCUUCAGGCCUCUCUCAUCUAGACUAAAAGACACCCUCACACCAAAAUUACAGGACUAAUCCAAAGAGGACACAAAGGCCAGGCGAGGCCAGAUCCAGAAUCGCCAUGUCCUGGAAAUGCUGGGAGCCCUGGGGCUGUGCAGUAGGCCAAGUUCACCAGGAUCCCAUUCUUCUUCAAUUCUAACUUCACUAAUUAUCUUUGCCCUUUAAAGGUCCUGGAAGACCUUCCAGUCACCAUCUUAAGGAAACUGUCUCUGAUUAGAAGGGACAGGACAGCUUUUACUUCUCUGUAAGGCUGGUUGCAAAAAUGUAUAAAUUCUAUAAACUGUAAAUUGUAAACUAUGAGAUUGAGGAGAUGUCAAGGAGCAGAGGCCAGAGCGCCCAAGUGCAGAUGCUUGUAUGGAGCAGGCUCAAGCCGUCCCAGGGCAACCAGUAAUCCCCCAGGACUAUGGCAUUCAGAGCACCAUGAUGUGAGGCAGCAGAGAAGGAAUGAGCCAUGUGGGGUUCACACUGGCGGCUGCCCCACAGCCAGAUGAGGGAAGCACUGUUGGGAUUCCCCAAAAGUGAGUGAUUAGAGUUGAGGUGAUGUCCUGCCCAAGUCCUCAUCGUGGCCUCAAGAGAUGCUGCUCGAGGUGGCUUUCCUUAUCAAUGCUUUGCCAUCAUUGACCAGGAGUGGAGGAAGGAGCUUUACUAUUUCUAUGCCAAACUCAAAUUAGAGAAAAUUACAUUUCAGCUGAAACAAAGCCAUCCUAAGUCAAUAGCACACCACUUACUUUACACAUAGCAGGACCACGGGAUGCCAGAAUCCCAGGAAGUGCUGAGACACUGCAAGAAGCGGCAGCCCUGUUGGACAGGGACAGUGGGGGUGAGCUAGUUGACCUUGGGGCCCACAAAGUGCUUGGGGUUCAGUGCAGCCAUGAUGAUGCUCAUGCUGAUGAGUUAGAGAGGAAGGCAGCCACACUGAAAGAUCACGUCUUCACCACGGAACAUGGCCAUAAUCUUCUAAAAGCAGGGAUUAUGCUUUAUUGAGCCUGGCUGUGCUUGGCGUUGCUGAGUGAACAUGCAAGGCUCUCGGGAGUCAUCAGCAGUUCAGGGCUUCAUAGCUGGAAAGAGAAAUGGGAUGGCUUCACUGUGCAGACGCCAAGUGUGGUAACCGCUUCUCUUUAAAGAUGUGAAGGGUUGAAACAGAGGAGGUAAGUAGCUUAAUUGCUGCUAAUAUCCUUCAGGUGAGAGAAGAGGCCAAGCCAAUUGAAGCUGUAACUAUGUGCUAAACUCAAACCUCAAGGAAAAAAAAAAAGUGUCAAGUCUGGCGUCUGGCUGGCUGAAAUCAUCUCAGGUCAACAGAACAUGGCCAAGUACCUCACACAAAGCAGGAUUACCGGAAUCCCAGGAAGCUCCAAGUAGAAGCUGUGGGGAAAAAAUGAGUGGUAGGCCCCAAGCACACCCCACUGGCAGAAGCUGUGUUGAUCAGGAACUAGGCCCCCAGGAAACUGUCAGGUGCCUGGCGAGGGGAGGGGCUCCCAAGGCCUUGGAAGCCUUGAAGGAAUUUUGAAAUAAGAGCAGGAAUAAAGAAC